GGAUCGUGGAAGAACACUGACCUGUUAAGGUCUAUUUCGUGUCUCACUCGUCACCCUGGGAGACAUCGUAGGUGGAUCUUUUUGACGAACGCAAACCAGUCCUAUGUAUGUUAGCGCACACCUGUGACACAUGCACGUAUGCACCAGUGGGUCGAUGGGGACACUCGGGGAGACCACUGCCAGGUUUAGAGCACACGGAAACUAUACGGGGGUGAAAAACACAAAGGCUCGAGGCACAGAACCAACUCGAGGAUUGCAGAUGCGCUCGCACAUUCAACCCGGGACACAAAAGAGCAGAGAUCAGCGCAGCCCUGCGGAUGGGGACCGCCCGGGGCCCACGUGCGCUCCCCGCCGACCCCGCAGCCACGCACCCCGAGUCCGCCGCGCCGUCACCAAACGGACCCAAAACUUGGCCGCGGGGACUUAAGAGCCGCCGAGCGGGAGCCUUCGCGCCGCCUCGCGUCGGCGCCAGCGCCAGCGCCAGCCACCGGUUCCCGGCCGUUCGGAGGAAGCUCGAAGGGGGCGCGUCAGCCCGCCCCGCAGUCCCCCUAGCGCCCGGCCCGGUCGCCCCCGCCGCGGUGGCCACACUCCUCACUGACACCCAGGGACAUUCCCCCGAGGCCCUUCCGCCCUCCCCGGCUCCGCCGCUCCUCACCAGAGUGCGACGUGCCAACGCUUCAGCGAGCCCAGAGCCGCAGCCGCCGCCGUCGCUCUGGCGCCCGCGGCCGCGCCGCCGCCAUCUUGGCUCCGGCCGGAAGUGACGUCGGCACGGCGCCCACAACCCCCGACCCCGACCCCGCGCGUAGCUCGUGGCCUGCGACCCCGAGGAGCUCAACACGACGGUCAGGCGUGACCCUGGCGGACUGUGUGGUCCUUUCUGUCAAUCACGGGCUCGCCGCUCGUCCCAGAGCGUUAUUACCUCGAAGGGAAGCCCGCGGUCGCCAUGGCCGGGCCAGCUUGACCACUAUAGAGUUAGGGCUGAGAAACUCAGAGUUGGGCAGAGAAGCCACCCUACUUCAGACGAUCGCAGCUGACAGGCGUGGUGGCGCACACUUUAAUCCCCAAACUCGAGGCAGAAGCAGCCAGAGCUACAUAGUGAAUUCCAGGAAGGCAGGACCACACCCUUAGACCUUGUUUCUAGAAAAACAAAAGCAGAAUCCACUCUGAAGGCCACUCACUAGACCUCUGCCAGGCAAAUAGACCGUUUAAAUGGUGUGCAAAGGACCAAUAUAGACACACACACACACACAAACCCGAAACUUCAGCAAAGCAGAUGCAACUGAGCGGCUGUAUUCAUCCUUUACCAGGAGGCAUUUGCUAACUGCCAGCUAUGGGCCUAGGUCAGUGCCAGGGCUCUGUGGUACCCAGCAUGGCCUUCAUCUUGCCCUUAGGAACUGCAUCACUAUUUUACAAACAAGUGAGCUGGAGAUGGAUUGGGUUGAACUGGAGACCAUUUCUGACAUCCCAGAAAAGAGGUUUGACGGAGAACACAGUUGACAAUCAAUCUGAAGUUGUGGAGAGAUGAAAGUUACUUGUCACAUCUAGAUGGUACCCAGAGCCAUGAGUACUUCAAGAUAAAGCUAUCCUCUGAGAAGAAAGGAAAAAAAAAAAUCUAAAAUGUAGUGGGCCGUAUUAGUCCCCUGAGAAAAGGAUCUGAAGAAUAGAUAAUGUAUUAUGUUCAAAUGUGCCUCCAAAACUUUGGAAACACCAGACAAGUUCAUCAAACGUGCCUGUUGUUUAGAAAGUACGUGGAUCAACAUGGAUUGUGGUAUACUCUGUAAAGGAUUGGUGACAUGGUGAUUAUCUCAUCAGUACUGUUGACAGGUGAGGACAAUGUCAAGUGUUGUCAAGGUCCGGAUCCACCACAGAGCCUGUGGAGAAAGGAAAUAAAACCUCAAAUGUUUGCUUAUGUCUCUCACUAGUCAAGGAAGAGUUUAUAAACCUAAGAGAUACAUGCGACCUUGUCACUAGAAUCUAUACUAUUAUGGUACAGGCUGCCACUGGAAUUUGCACUCUUUAUUUGAUUAACACCUUACUUACUAAGUAUAUGCAUCAAAACCAUCUGAGGUAGCGUGGGAGCAAAAGGGAGACCACCACCUCAUCUACCACCAAACUGCCAUAGUCAUCAUUUUAAAAGAAAAUCUACACACCCCCUGGCAUCCAAUAGAAUGCAAAAGGAAAUAUAGGGGAUUUCGAUUUUUGUCAAAUCAAAACAUAACACAGUAAAACCAGAGAACACCAUUCCAAGAAGUCAGUGGCUGCUCUUCCUGUCUUUAAUCUGAUAUGACUGCCUUUUUCCCCUGGGGCAACUGUUUCAGAUUUGAUGUCUUAAAACAGCAGAAAUUUAAUCUCCUGCAAAUGUAGAGGCUAGAGUCCAAAUCAGUUAUCACUAGACUCAAGCUAAGGUGUCGGUAGGACCACACUUCCUCUGAGGUCUCUGGGGAGACUGUUUCCUUCUUCCAGCUUCUGGUGACUGCCAACAUGCCUUGGCUUGUCACUAUGCCACUCAACUCUUCAAGGCCAACAUCAUUACACUCUCUUCAUCUUCACAUCACUUUCUCCUCUGUAGGUAGUGAAAUUUCCCUCUGUUCUUUCGUAAUCUACACAGUUGCACUGAGGAUACCCAGCUAAACCACAGUUCAUCUCUUCAUUGCUGAGUCAUAACAACAGAAGUUCCACAUGAGGUAAUACUUGAGAAUUCGAGGGAUCGAGUUGAGGUCAGAUGCUUAGUAACGAUUAUUUAGCCUACCACACUGAGUGAAUCUUCGGUCCUUCUAAAUACCACCUCUAACCAACCAUUGUGUACUUUUAAUCUGUGUAUUUUGUUUGGACCUGUUUCAAUUCUCUAAACUGUGAUACUUCCCAGACUGAACGACCCACUUUAUAGUUCAUCUGUUCAAUUAAAAAAAGACAAAGGCUACGGAGAUUACAGUGAAAUUUCAUUAGUGAUGAUUAGCUGUGCGGUAUACUAAAUACUCCUGUUUUCCUUCUUUGAAAUGAUGAAAUGCCUUGCUAAUGAAGGAGGGCAAGAAUAGAGAUGCU